UUUCACCCACGUGGCGGUGAUUGAAUCAGUUGCUUUAGCUAAAUGAUAAGAAACUUAUUCAUUUCUUAAAGUAACUUUUCAAGUUUUGAUAUCGCACACGACUUGUCGGCAGUGUUCAUGCUUGAACAGAUCACAGGCCUGAAUACAGGAUCUGUGAAGAAUAAAAAUACAGAAGAAAGUUCUUGUGUUUAAACCCCGUAGCCUUUGUUUCUCACCGACUCUAAAGAAGGAUGGCGGCGUCCUUGUUAAAUCUACAAACCGAGCUUCAUUCUUUCUUGGAUAUUUUACUCAAAUCGAUCGUAUAUGAAGUGGCAGACGUUUUCCGAAACAGGAUGUCUGACUCUGAGGACGAGUUUGAAGACAAGCUCCGCAGCGUCUCCCAGAUUCUGGUGAGACGGGCCGUGUUUAAAAUCACACAGUGUGUGGAGGACAGUUUCGAGAGUGAAAUGGCGCAGCUGAAGAAGGAAAACGAGAGCCUGAAGUGGAGAUUGCAGCUGUGGGAGAAGGAGACGGGAGCAGGAGAUCGGAGACAGACACAUCAUGUUGGACACAAGCUUCCCCGUGAAGUCACUGCAGGAAUAAAAAAAACGAAAGUGCAGUUGUCAGGGUCGGAGGCCAUUGCUCUCCCUGGUGCUGGGGAAAGGGCUCCUCUUGAACAGCAGCACAGGGAGGAGGAGUGGGGCUCCAGUUUGAUGCAGGAGACAGAGCUCACUGCUGCAGAAGGGAAAGAGACACUCAGUGAGCAGCACAGAGAGAGCAGACAGAGUGUUGAGGAUCUGGAUUCUGUGCCCAUGUUGAAGACAGAGGCUGACAGCCUGACACCUGGGUUCCUAGUAACUGAUGAUUUUACAAAGAAGAUUAUUAAUCCGGGCACAAACAGUAUUGCACAGGGUUGUAAUGAAAUAGACUGUGUCUCUGUACAAGAUUUCAAAGAAGAACCAGGUGAUUUCAAUCUUACAGAGCAGAAGAUGGAGCCUCAGUUGAUUAACUCUGCAGAGCAGCAGACUGAUGUACCUGGUGAAGAGAACAGUGCUGAGUUACAGCACACAGGCAAGAGGCAGUACAAAGAAGAACAACAGGAACUGCAACAGGACUUUAUAACAAUUAGGCCUUGUUCUGUUAAAGUAGAAGGACUGUCAUUGCAGAAGUGUUUAACACAGUCAUAUGAUCCCUUAGGAUCUGAGCAAGCCCAUUCCAUGGAGAAUUUGCAAAUGAACAAACUGCCAUUACAGCACAGACAGGAACAGUGUUUCUGUCAGUCUCAGAUUCCAAAAACCAACAAGCCACUUCACACAGGAGAGAGGCCAUUUAGCUGCAGUCAGUGUGGGAAGAGUUUUAGUCUCUUACACCAUUUAAAAAGACACCAGCACAUUCACACAGGAGAGAGACCCUUCAGCUGCAGUCAGUGUGGGAAGAGUUUUAGUUACUCGCAGUACUUAAAAAGACACCAGCGCAUUCACACAGGAGAGAGACCAUUUAGCUGUAGUCAGUGUGGGAAGAGUUUUAGUGACUCAAGUACCUUAAGAACUCACCAGCGCACUCACACAGGAGAGAGACCGUUCUGCUGCAAUAAGUGUGGGAGGAGUUUUAUUGACUUAAGUACCUUAAGAAAUCACCAGCGCACUCACACAGAAGAGAGACCAUUCAGCUGCAGUCAGUGUGGGAAGAGUUUUAGAGGUUUAAGUACCUUAAGAGCCCACCAGAGCAUUCACACGGGAGAGAAACCAUUCAGCUGCAGUCAGUGUGGGAAGAAUUUUAGACGCUUAAGUACCUUGAUAGCCCACCAUCGUAUUCACACAGGAGAGAGACCAUUCAGCUGUAGUCAGUGUGGGAAGAGCUUUAGAUGGCUAAGUACCUUAAGAGCUCACCAGCGCAUUAGCACAAGGGAGACACCAUUCACCUGCAGUCAGUGAGGGAAGUGUUUUGUGCAGUCAGGUGACUUAAAAACACCAAUUUAGUCACCAGUUUUUUAUUUAAUCAUAGUCUUAGUCAAGUCAACUAAAAUGUCUAUUGGUUCAAGUAGGUAGCUGAGUCAGCAUGUAACACCUGCAAAAUGCUUCACAGCCAAAACAUUGUGUUUCCUUUCUUCUCUUUUCAGCACAGGAUAAACCUUUAUUUGUUCCUUAAAUGUUUAUUAGUCAUAGUCACUUUGUAGUCACCCACUUUUGAUUUAGUCUAGUCCACUAAAUUUUGACUAUAAUUACUCUUUCUUAUGGUUGACUAAAACUGAAUUAGUCAUGCAGUUAAAUUUAGGUGUAUAAUCAAAUGAAUAAAGGUUUUAGUUUUA